AUGUUGUCUUUCGAGGAAAGAAGAGGGGUUUUGAUGGUUGAUGCUAUGAUUUUGCCUUGUGGACACACUUUUGGAGCUGGAAGGAUAGAACAAGUUAAACAGAUGGGAUGCACGAUCCUUGUAGUACAUGGCAUUGUUCUCUUUGUCGAACACUAG